AUGCAGGCAACGAGUAUAUGUGCCGCGUCGUUCGCGUCUUUCCGAUCACUCUCUUCUACAGCAACUCAAAAUGCCACAGCUCUUCCCAUCACGGCCACUGGGCCCCCUCCCCACGCCCCUGUGCCUCAAUCAUCGCAGUAUGGAGACCGGAUAGCAGAAAGAAGACGAAAAGCCGAGCUCGUUGAGAAAGGCAAAGAACUUCGAGCAGCCCAAACGGGGAAAACAAGCCCUCUGAAACGGCGCUUCUGGAAAGAAGCCCACGUCAAGGAAGUCCCCGAGGGCUAUCAAGUGUACCUCGACAGCAGACCGGUGCGGACGCCGAAAAAAUCGAUCAUCACGGUCCCCAGGUCCAAGCCGCAGCUCGCACACGCGAUCGCCAUCGAAUGGGACCUACUGGAGUCGGCGCAGCAAGCCCUCAAAAACCACAAGAUCCCAAUGACCUCGAUGGUGGCGCGGGCGCAGGACAUCCUCGAGGCGGAAGCGAGAGGGGACACGAAGGCGCGGGAGGAGAUCAUCGCGGUGAUGAUGCGGUACCUCGACACCGAUACACUUCUGUGCUGGGCGCCGGAGCACACGACGCACAACGCCCAGCAGGUCGAGAUGCACGUCGACCGCACAGAGUCGCUGCGGGAGAUCCAGAUCCGGACGGCGAAGCCGAUCAUCGGCUUUCUCAACACCACCAUCUGGCCCGGCGUCGAGCUGAAGCCGACCCUCGACGAGGACAGCAUCAUGCCAAUCCGGCAGUCUGAGAUGACUCGCAGUGUCAUCCAGGGCUGGAUUGCGGGUUUGCCCGCGUAUGACCUGGCGGCGCUGGAGCGUGCGGUGCUCGCCGGCAAGAGUCUGCUCGUUGGAGCGAGGUUGCUGGUUGAGUGGAGCGAGGAGUUCCGGGAUCUGCAGCGCCAUGGUUCCGAGAAGCGCUUUGGGAUUGAGGAGGCUGCCGAAGCGGCCAGUUUGGAAGUCCGGUGGCAGACAGGCAUGUGGGGAGAAGUAGAAGACACACAUGACGUGGAGAAUGAGGACCUAAGGCGGCAGUUAGGCAGUACCAUUCUGGUAGUCAGUGGACAGAGAUAG